AUGGCUCGUUGUUGCACAGUUCUUACCGGUUUACUAGUAUGGUCUCUUUUGAUGCUCUCAUGGUCCGAAGCUUCAAGAAACAACAUUAAUAGAUAUGAUCAUUCUUAUGGAACGUUCAAAUCCAAUAGCUUGAUCAAGCGAAGAGACGACAUCACUCGUCUGAAAAGUGUUGCAAAAGCCUCUUUGCGGCUUUCAACCUCCGUUAGUGUUUCUGAUUUUGGAGCUAAAGGAGAUGGAAAAACCGAUGACACGCAGGCGUUCGUGAAUGCAUGGAAGAAAGCUUGUUCUUCAAGUGGAGCUGUAAAUCUCUUAGUUCCUGAAGGAAAAACUUAUUUCCUUAAGUCUAUUCGAUUAAAUGGCCCAUGCAAAUCAAUUCUUACUGUUCAGAUUUUGGGAACGUUAUCGGCAUCUCAAAAACGAUCGGACUAUAAAGAUCUCAGCAAAUGGAUUACGUUUGAUGGCAUUAAUAGUCUAACGGUUGAUGGCGGCGCCACCGGAACUGUCAACGGAAACGGCGAAACAUGGUGGCAAAACUCAUGCAAACGGAACAAAGCUAAGAAAUGCACAAAAGCUCCAACGGCUCUUACUUUCUACAACUCGAACAAUUUGAGAGUGAAUAAUCUGAGGGUGAGAGAUGCGCAGCAAAUUCAGAUUUCGAUUGAGAAAUGCUCCAACGUUCAAGUCUCAAAUGUUGAGGUCACUGCGCCUGCUGAUAGUCCUAACACUGAUGGUAUUCACAUCACUAACACUCAAAACAUUCAAGUCUCCAACUCCAUCAUUGGAACAGGUGAUGAUUGUAUAUCUAUCGAAAGUGGAUCACAAAACGUUAAAAUCAACGAUUUAACUUGCGGCCCCGGUCAUGGUAUCAGCGUUGGGAGCUUAGGAGAUGACAAUUCAAAGGCAUUUGUAUCAGGCGUGACUGUGGAUGGGGCUAAGCUUUCCGGUACAGACAAUGGAGUUAGGAUCAAAACUUACCAGGGAGGGUCUGGAACUGCUAGCAACAUUAUAUUUCAGAACAUUCAGAUGGAGAAUGUGAAGAAUCCAAUCAUAAUCGACCAAGAUUAUUGCGACAAGAGCAAAUGCACUGAACAAAAAUCUGCGGUCCAAAUAAAGAACGUGGUGUACCGGAACAUAAGCGGCACAAGCGCAUCGGACGUGGCAAUAACUUUUAAUUGCAGCAAGAACUAUCCAUGCCAAGGAAUUGUACUCGACAAAGUGAACAUCAAGGGAGGGAAAGCAAGUUGCAGCAAUGCUAGUGUGAUGGAUAAAAACGGUGUUUUGCCUCAAUGCAAAUCCACUUGAUUAAAUUAGAUCUAUCAAACACACACAUAGAUCUAUAAAAAAUAACAUAUAGACCGAUAUAAAGUAUGAAAAAUUAUGAUAUAUACUUGUAGAUAUACACAUGGACAAUGAAUUUAAACAUAUUGUCUACAUAUGUAAUAUAG